AUGGUGCGCAGCGCUCAACGCAAAACCUCAUUCAGUCUUCAACCGAAAACUUUACUCGCUGUUCACCAGGAGGUUUUCCUCACUGCUAAACAGAGAACCUUACCAACUGUUUAUCAGAAGGACUCCCUUACUGUUAAACAGAAGAGCUCCCUCACUGGUGAACAUGAACAGUCCCGCGCAGCUCAACACAAGACCCUACACUACACACAAAAGGCCUCCGCUAAGCAGAUCUUUCUUCCCGCACAACAAAAAGGCUUCAUCUCUAGUCUCUCAAGCCUUGUGUCGUCCAUAAGUUUAGCUGCUUCAUUGUCGUCGGUGCAGACGACAAUAAAGGAGUCCUUGAGUGAAUGGAUCGCUGUGAAUUUAAGAUGUAGGCAGGUUCUUAUAGCGUCGGCGUCUGAGGUCUUGUUCGGAGCCAGCCAUGAAAACCAGCUGAUGGCUGAGAGCCCACCCGCCCGAGUGAGACCUGGUGUGACCAGGUGGGCGGGUGUGACCAGGUGGGCACGUGUGACCAGGUGGGCGGGUGUAACCAGGUGUGCUAGUGUAACAAGGUGUGCAGGCGUGGGCAUGACGGUCAUGCUGGUAAUGGUGGCAAUAACGUCCCUGGCAGUGACCACCGACCCCCACCAUCUACCCAGAGUGUUCACUCGUAACGUUCAAGCCGAAGCGAAGGUCGGAGUGUUGACGUCAGGGUCUGAAAUGGAUGAGGACCUGUGGGCUGCAGCAGUGCAGGCAACCAAAGAUCACAGAGCCAAGAACGUCCAGCUGCGGAAGGCUGCGACGGGCAGCACCCUCCCAGGAACACUCCGGGCCUUCGCAACACUCUGGCAGGAAGGAGUUAGAGUCUUCCUCGUGGGAGGCGAUGGAAUGGAGGUAAAGGUUUUGUGCCGUUAUAUGGAAAUCUCCGGCAGCAAGGCGCUGGUUAUUUCUCCCACAUCCCUAAUCUCUAGUAAUGACUGCCCUUCUCUGAUAUCCCUGUCUCCUCCCCAUGGUGCACUCAUCACAGCGGAGGUGGCCAGACUAGCAGCAGCCGGCAUCAAUCAUCUUAUCCCAAUAAUAACUAGGAGCGAGGCGGCGCAUAUAUCACAUGUGAUGGCAGCAGGCAGGACCAAGGGCAUCAGUGUGGCACCACCGGUGCUGCUGCAGAUCAACAAUAUCUCCACAACAUAUCUGAGGGAGGCGCUAGCUGCUUCCCCGACAGCUGGUGUGUGGAUGUCGGUGGGUAGCGAGUUGCCAGAAAUCAUGACAGCUAUUGGUCAUAUCAUUCAUGAUCACCUCAUCAUGUUACACACCCAUCCUGCCCAUCGUGCCAAACUUCUCAACCAUCCAGUUGCCCGCUCAAUUGCAGAGGCUUGUGCGGUGUGUACUGUAGCGUGGGCAGGGUCAUCUAUGGUGGAUGAUAUCAAUCGCCGUCAACUGCUGUCUGUUCUAUUCCCUCAGAAUCCUUUGGUGGCUGUCCUUGCCUAUGAUGCUGCAAGCCUCGCUUUAGCCUCCCUCACCCACAAGAACUUCUCUGAUGUCUCCAAGCUGCAGGAACAUCUUACUGAUCAUGCAGGUUACAUAGGUGUCACCAAACGUAUCGUUGGUGGUGUAGCGUCGGGCUGGGCUGUAAGGCUGAGGUUAGUUCCUCAACAUUUGCUGGGUCAUACAGUACUUCAAGAAUCACCUUGGUUGUUAGAGGGUCAGACACGAUUGGAAAGUGAGGCAGAAUCUUUAUGGGUGGUAGUGAGCGAGAAUUAUUCUCCUACCCGCCUGGUGACACAAGAAGAAAUUCAGGGACUGGCAAUGCUCACUAGGUGUGACACCAGUGUAUGGAUGGAGGUCACGGCUCAUGACCCCCUGACGCACAGACCAGUCGUGACGUCGGUACACAUCACAAUGCCUCCUCACGCUCUUCUAGUACCUAAUGGCUCUCCCAGUGGGUUCAGUAUUAGAGCUUGGUGUCACAAUCGCCAGGGUGCUCCGGGAGUAGACAUCGGUUGCCAUGGCUCAGCAGCUCACAAUGACUCGAUGCGUUGUGUAAUAGCUAUGUCCACUGGAGGUCCGGGCAACCGCCGUGCCAUACGGACUUUCGUCAACAAGCAUGGGUUUAGAAUUCGUAGACCUAAGGGAUAUGGACGUUUUGCUCGGACUUUUAAAAAAAUAAAGCAGUUCGUCAAUCAUACAGACUUCAGAUCGGUGCUCCCUCAACUUAGUGCGUGUGUUGGAUCCACUGCUGGAUGUAGCUAUUGCGUUCUGUUCAUUUUAUUGAACAAUAUUACCAUAAGUCCUGGAGUAUGCUAUGGUGCGUGUGCUUUGGCAAUAGGCGGGUCAUGUACCACUCUCUUAGUCAGGGGAAUACAGUAUACCUUUGAUCAUACUGUCAUUUGUACGGAGCUCUUCAUCCAAGGGCGUCUUUCUCUUUCUUCAUACUUGGCUGACGCCUCCUUCGGAGCCCGCCUGGCAAGCAUAAAUGCCCAGGCACUGGGUGGGUACCAGAUGCUAGCAGCACCCCUAGUAUCCAUGAUGCAAGUUUCUCCUAUGGUGAGCCAGCUGGUGGAGUCGAUGGCUCAACCAUGGCUGCGGCACAUGGAAUAUCAAGAAGGAAUACGAGCCAAUGAUGACUUCUUGGGUCACCUCAUCACUACUCUGGGUCUGCCGUUGUGUUCUUUUGUAGCUGUCCUGGUGGACUACAGAGAUACCAUUACUUUCGUAGUCUUGAUGGCUAUGCUCUGUCAUUAUGCAAGGGCAUCCUUACUUGGCUAAUUAUUAACUUUAGUAGCUUACUCAGAAUUCCAAAGCAACACUUGAGAAUUUUCUUGGUAACUGCUAAAUACCUGAUCAAAACGAAAUACUUUAUUCAGCACAUAUUCAUUACUUGGGUGCUGCUUUGGUAAUUCUCAGGUAAAAGCUUUGAAACUGAAGUCUUUAACAUUUAACAAACUCAGGUUAAUUUGUGAUAAAUAGUUGUAGUGGCAUCCAAUACAAUCUAAAUAGCAAUAAAUUCAAUAAAAAAAUGUAUCUCGUAAAUAAUCGUGUAUCUUGUGGGUAGUCUAGCAUGCCAUCCGUGAGUUAGCUUUGAGAACCUUGUUAGAGUAAAGAAAGAUAAGAUUUUGUUUGGAUUUUUAACCCCGGAAGGUUAGCCACCCAGGAUAACCCAUUCAAGUCAGUGCGUCAUCGAGGGAUUGUCUUUUCUUAUUUCCAUUGUGGCCCUUCAAUCUUGUCCCCCAGGAUGCGACCCACACCAGCCGACUAACACCCAGGUCCGGAUACCUACUUGCUAGAUGAAUGGGGACAGAAAGUGUAAGGAAACAUGCCCAGUGUUUCCAUUCGGCCAGAUAUUGAACCACAGACAUGCAGUGUACGAGGUGAGAGCGUUGCCUACCAGGCUACGGGAGAG